CCUCCCUCGUUCCUCCGCUCCCAUUGGCUGGGUACCUCGCGCCCCUCUGCCGGCCGCAACUAUAUAUACACCCCACCGACCCAUUCAAGCCUCUGUAAUGUCCAACUGCACAGUCAAGAAGCAGAAGAUGGAGGAGUCAGCGCUGGAGCAGCUCAAGAGCCACACGGUGGUGGUGGCCGACACCGGGGACUUCAAUGCUAUUGCAGAAUACAAGCCACAAGAUGCCACCACCAACCCAUCACUGAUAUUGGCAGCAGCGCAAAUGCCUGAUUACCAACACCUUGUAAAAGAUGCUAUUCAGUACGGAAAAAAGCUUGGAGGGUCUGAACAGGAACAGAUCAAUAAUGUCAUGGACAAACUGUUCGUCUUGUUUGGAGUUGAAAUCUUGAAGAAAAUCCCGGGUCGUGUUUCCACAGAAGUGGAUGCCAGAUUGUCUUAUGAUAAGGAUGGAAUGGUAGAACGUGCAAGGAGUCUUAUAGCUCUCUACAAGGAAGCUGGUAUUGACAAGGAGAGAAUCUUGAUCAAGCUGUCGUCUACUUGGGAGGGAAUCCAAGCUGGAAAGGUACUGGAGGAAAAAUAUGGCAUUCACUGCAAUAUGACUCUACUCUUCUCCUUUGCCCAAGCUGUUGCUUGUGCCGAGGCCGGUGUUACACUCAUUUCCCCAUUUGUCGGGAGAAUAUUGGACUGGCAUGUGGCAAACUCUGGCAAGAAGAGUUAUGAGCCAUCAGAGGACCCAGGUGUGCAGAGUGUUGCCAAGAUUUACAAUUACUACAAGAAGUUUGGCUAUUCCACCAUUGUCAUGGGGGCCUCAUUCCGCAACACAGGAGAGAUCAAGGCUCUGACCGGCUGCGAUUAUCUCACAAUCGCUCCUAAACUGCUCGGAGAGCUCAGCAAAGACACCUCUAAGCUCACGCCAGCACUGUCUGUGAAGGAAGCCCAGGCCAGCAAGCUAGAGAAGAUCCAUCUGGAUGAGAAGGCCUUCCGUUGGGAACACAAUGAAGACCAAAUGGCCGUGGAGAAACUAUCGGACGGGAUCAGGAAGUUUGCUGCUGAUGCCAUCAAGCUAGAAAAGAUGCUGAAGGAGCUCCUCAGGAAGUAACAUUAAUGGUUCCUUUUUAUAUCCAGCCAUGAUGUCGAGAUCAUUCCUGGUCUGUAAACGGCCUCCGCAAUCCCUCAUCCUCCAUCUCCUGUUUUUAUCAGCAUUGUAACAAUACCAUUUUACAUUUGUUUUGUAUACAAUUCUUCUAAUGCACUGAAUAAACCCAGUACUUAUCCCAA